UGGGCACCAGGAAUGGGUGGGAAAACAACUCGUACUCCAGAAGCAACUCCCCUACCUUUCUACGUGAUCUGCACCUUUAAACUUACCCCCAUCCUAAACCAGACCCUGAAGGCACCACCCACAUCCGUGUAACAUCACUUCCUUCAGGGUUAGGGGAAAAAAUAUCUGGGAAAGCGGAGGGUACAGCUAAUCCAGACGCGGAGGGAAAGCGCGGGUUUACUGCUGGGAUUCCGGCCCUGCGUCUGCUCUGCUCCGCGGCUCCGCUCAUCUACGGCCAUGAAGCUGCGGCCUCGUCUCGGGGCCACCUGUUUGCUGGGCUUCAGUUUCCUGCUUCUCGCCACCUCUUCUUAUGGACAUACUGGGCUUGGAAAGGGUUUUGGUGAUCACAUUCAUUGGAGGACACUAGAAGAUGGAAAGAAAGAAGCAGCUGCCAGUGGCUUGCCCCUGAUGGUGAUUAUCCAUAAAUCCUGGUGUGGCGCUUGCAAAGCUUUAAAGCCCAAAUUUGCAGAAUCUACGGAAAUUUCAGAGCUUUCCCAUAAUUUUGUUAUGGUAAAUCUUGAGGAUGAAGAAGAACCCAAAGAUGAAGAUUUCAGCCCUGAUGGGGGUUAUAUUCCUCGAAUCCUUUUCUUGGAUCCCAGUGGCAAGGUUCAUCCUGAAAUCAUCAAUGAGGGUGGAAAUCCCAGCUACAAGUAUUUCUAUGUCAAUGCUGAACAAGUCGUCCAGGGGAUGAAGGAAGCACAGGAAAGACUGACGGGGGAUGCCUUCAGAGAGAAACAUCUUGAAGAUGAAUUGUAACCUGAGUGUGUCAUUUCUUUUGUCAAAGUUACUAUUGUGGAAGGAAAGCAGCAGGGAGGGGAAGGGAUGCUGAGGAAUUGUUCAGAACAAUGAAACCAACCAAGAAACCUUGCUCCCGCUUUGCUGGGAAGGAACACUUUUCCUGUGGAAGAGUUCUGCUCUCAGAUGCUGGCUACAUGCUUGUGGAUUCAGCAGGGACGUCUGCCCCCCUCUCACCUAAAAUCUAAUUGUCUUUGAAUGUAGCAAACAAAACCUUUUUACACACAACUUGAGCCAUUUGGAGAUUUCCUCCUCAUACUUAAGUAUUUGAAUACUUUUCCAUUUCUUCCUGCUGUGCUCACCUUAGUGGUGAAAGAGCAGUAGCAUCUUUUCUACACUGUAGAAAUUGCAGAAAUAGCUUAACACUAAAAGCAACCCCCAAAUACAGAUCAGUAGUUCUGCCCACCAUCAAGAAGACUGACCUGUUUUUUUCUCCUUUUCUCCUGAAAAUUAUCUUGGACUACUUCCUGAAUCCUUACCAGGGACUUCCUCUCCUCCUGCUUAGGCUUCCCUAUUUGCAUGCAUGACUGUUCAGGGAUGGCUGUGUGCUUGGACUCAGCCCUAGCUGGAAGCAUGCCUUCCCCUAUUAUUGGACAAAACCAAACCUUCAAGGCCUAGGUGGAGCCAUUUUUGUCAAGUCAUCAAACUAUUUUUGUACUGGGGUUAACAACAACAACAAAAUUUAAUUGUUCCAUGAAACUUUAAUAAAACUUUAAAAAAGAA